AUGCACACAGCAUCGCAGGUGUUCUACCUGGCAGUCUUCUCGCUGCUAGGUGGCUCACACGCUGUCAGUCACGCCACGUCUACAACGUCCAAAUCUCCACCUCCAAACGUCUGCAAUGUAAGCAAGAAAGCGCCGUCUCCUCCCCCCUCUGGCACCCAUGGCGACGAAACUAAAAGCACUUUCCAGUUGGAGCCCGGCGCAAUCGUAUCAGACGCCUGCGCAAGCUACAGCACCCUCGAACAGCUGAAUGAAGCCAUACAUCCCUACCUCCACUCGAUUACACAAGACACUGACUUCUUUUCGCACUACCGCCUGAGCUUGUACAGCAAGAAAUGUCCCUUCUGGGACGACGAGAAUGGGAUAUGUGGGAAUGUGGCAUGUGCGGUGAACACAUUGGAUAACGAGGAGGACAUACCGCUGGUCUGGCGCGCGAAAGAGCUGGGCAAGCUAGAAGGGCCUACAGCGCAUCACCCUGGCAAGAAAGAGCAGAAAGAAGAGAGAAAGAGGCCGCUGCACGGAAGUCUGGGCGAGAACGUCGACGAAAGCUGUGUAGUCGAGUACGACGACGAGUGCGACGAGCGCGACUAUUGCGUACCGGACGAUGCCUUCGCCCCGGCAAAAGGAGACUACGUGUCGCUUGUGGACAACCCGGAGCGCUUCACUGGAUAUGCCGGAGUGGGUGCCCAGCAGGUUUGGGAAGCCAUCUACCGCGAGAACUGCUUCAGCAAGCCGCCGAAGGUGGCCUCUGGACAGUCGACUGGUCGCUCUGCGCCGCUUGGGGGCUCACCGUUUGGCGGUUUCGGGAACCAGCAGCAGAUGUUGGCGGCAAAUCAACUGCGGAACGCCAUGAAAGAGGGCGGUCUUCAGCAGAAGGUCCAGUCUGCCAUCGCUCACGGAACGGCUGUUGCGCGUCUCGACCCUGUCGAGUUUGACGACACCUGCUUGGAGAAGCGUGUGUUCCAUCGCGUCAUCUCUGGUAUGCACGCGUCCAUCUCAACGCAUCUGUGCUGGGACUACUUGAACCAGACGACUGGUCAAUGGGGACCAAACCUCGCCUGUUACGAGCAGCGACUUCAUAACUAUCCUGAACGCAUUUCCAACAUCUACUUCAACUACGCGCUUGUAAUGCGCGCGGUCGGAAAGAUCAAGCAACACAUCCAGGACUACUCUUUCUGUUCCGAAGACCCCGAACAGGAUCUGCGUACGAAGAAUUCGGUUUUGCGUCUGGCGUCUGCGCUCCCUUCAGGCCCCGAGAUUUUUGAUGAAACAGUCAUGUUCCAGGACCCCGGCACAGUCGUCUUGAAGGAGGACUUCCGCAACCGCUUUAGGAACGUGAGCAGGAUUAUGGAUUGUGUUGGCUGCGAUAAGUGCCGCCUUUGGGGCAAACUGCAGACGAACGGCUACGGCACAGCUCUCAAGGUCCUAUUCGAAUUCGACGAGCAAGAUUCUUCCCAAGACCCACCGCUACGCCGUACUGAGCUUGUUGCGCUGGUUAACACCAUGGACCGUCUCUCUCACUCUCUCUCGGCGAUCAAGGAAUUCCGUCGUAUGAUUGACGAGCGUGAAGGUGUCCCUGAGGCCGCUGUGCCUACACCCCAAGAGCCAUCUCAGGGCGUCCUCAAGACAAAGCUCGCGCUCGAGGAAAAGAAAGAACCAGAGACCAGGUACACAGAGGAUGGUCUUCCUGAUUUCAACCGUGACUGGGACGCAAGCAAUAUGACAGCUUGGCAAGAGGCGGUGGCAGAGUAUCAGCUGAUAGUGCGUGUCUUCAAAUACGUGCUAUGGCAAUGGUACUACAUGCCGCAGAAGUUUGGCAGAAUCGCAGUCCUUGAGGCCAAGCGCCUGUACGACUGGUGGUCAGGCAUGGUGCCUAGCGAGAGGAGUUGGGAAAUCCGUAUCCCCAGAAGAGAAGAGCUGUAA